AUGUCCGCCAGAAAGCUCACGUUCAUCCCAGGCCCUAUCGAGUUCUCGGACAAUGUCCUUGCAGCCAUGUCCACGCCUUCGCAGGCACACACCUCGCCUGAGUUCGUCAAGGUGUUCCAGUCGGUGCUGGUGAAAACCAGAAAGAUGUUCUGCUCCGCUGCAGCAUCGAAGUCGCAACCGUUUGUGAUCUCCGGGUCGGGCACGCUCGGGUGGGACUUGUGCGGAUCCAACCUGGUGAACCACAGCGACAAGGUCCUGGUCUUGUCGACCGGGUUCUUCUCCGACCAGUUCGCCAACUGCCUGAAGAUCUACUCCGACAGCGUCGACGUCUUGGAGGCACCGGAGUUCGGCGCCUCCGUCGACUUCAAGCAGCUCGAGUCGAAGCUCGCUGCCACCGCGUACGACGUCAUCACCAUCACGCAGACAGACACCUCGUCGGGCGUCUUGACCGACGUCGAGGCCGUCUCCAAGGUCGUCAAGAAGAUCUCGCCUAAGACGCUCAUUGUCGUCGACGCAGUCUGCGCCACCGCGUGCGAAACCUUGAAGUUCGACGACUGGGGCAUCGACUACGUCUUGACCGCCUCCCAGAAGGCCGUCGGUGUUCCUUCCGGCUUGUCCAUCUCCAUCGCCUCCAGCAGAGCCAUGGAGAAGGCUCUACAGAGACCAAAGCCCUCCUCCUUCUUCGCCGACAUGAAGAGAUGGGCCCCAAUCAUGCAGGCCUACGAGAGCGGCAAGGGCGCCUACUUCGCCACCCCGGCCGUCCAGUUGAUCCACGCUCUGAACGUGUCCCUCGACGAGUUGCUCGCCGCUGACACCCAGACCAUCGACGCUAGAGUCGCCGCUCACAAGGCCGCCUCCGACGCCUUCAAGGACAAGCUCGUCAACGAGUUGGGCCUCAAGCUCGUGCCGGUCUCCAGAGACGUCGCCGCCCACGGUCUCUCCGUCGUCUACUACCCAGAAAACGUCGAGGGUGCUGCUCUCUUGUCCAAGAUGGCCGCCAACGGCUUCACUAUUGCUUCCGGUAUUUACAAGGAAUACAAGGACAAGUACUUCAGAAUCGGUCACAUGGGUGUCAGCGCAGUUGGCGAAAGAAAGCAAGAAUUGAACGAAUGUUUCGAAGCUUUGAAACUCUCUUUGUCCGAAUUGGGUUACCAAAAAUAG